AUGGAGCUCAACCAUUUCCCUGAUGAGGUGCUAAGCAACAUCUUCAGUCACCUCACAACCAAAGCUCAAAAGCACCGCCUUCACAAUGACUUCAUUGUCGAUAUCUGGCCUGUCCGCCUCGUGUGCCGUCGGUGGAACGUCCUCGCGACGCCGCAGCUCUUUCAGACCCUGACGCUUUUCCAUAGCGAAUGGAACGCCAACAAAGAUUUCGAAUUUUGGAAGCACAUGCUAGCCAGCAAUGCCAUCAGAGCUGCCGCCCGUCGCGUUGCCAUCGAGAGUGCCCCGUGGGAUGACCUGGACGAGCGAUCGUCCUGGGUGUGGGAAGACUGGAGGGACGACAACGACUGGCCUCAAUUCAAAGCCGCCAUUGACCACAUCUGCGAUAUGCCUCAUCUCAACGCGAUUGAAGUACGCUUUUCGUGGGCUUGCGUUGGACGUGAUGGGGACCAAGAGGACCCAGAGAUGGAGUUGGCCGUCACGCGUGAAAACACUCUCAGAGCCGUUCUAGAUUCCAUGAAAAAGCGUGCAGCUCGUCCAAACACGAGCGUUAUUCGUGAGCUGGUACUGGACAACCUACAAAACAUAUCGCUACCCAAGGACCUCACCGACGGCCUUUUGGAGAAUAUCGAGCGACUACACAUCCUCACUACCCAAGAGAUAUCUGGCAUACCGACAAAGGAUGCACACCUACGCGAAAUACGCGAAUGGGAGCCCUAUCUUCAGAAUACCCUAUUUCCUUCAGUCGCUGAACAGCUUGUUGAGCUUACUCUCGCCAGCCCAGCCAAAUGGGGCGCCGUACCCAGCGAGUUCAACGGCAAAGGGCUGCAUUUCCCCCGACUCAAGGCUCUAACGCUGGCCGAAUAUGUUAUUGCGCGACAAGAUCAGUUCGAAUGGGUGCUCUCGCUGGAGUCUCUUACCUCGCUUUGUCUACACGGCUGCACGAUAGCCACACACAUUCUCGUCCUCGAACCAGAGUUUGCAUUCUGGGGGGUAGACAUGCGAGGCUGGACAUGGAUAUCGGCCGGGAAACGCACUCUCACUCCCGGUUUCUACGUUCAUUCCUUACGAUGGAACGCCAUGUUCGAUAGCAUCCGGGAACGACUUCCUCGUCUGAAAGAGUUCCGAUUCACCAAGGAAGACUGGAACACCUUUUUCCGGCACAGCGGAGAGGCAAAUGCUGAGGCGUUGGUCGAUCGGUACUUUGCCUUCACCCAGUACUGGUGUGAGCUAUGGUCAUCCAACCUGAAAGAGUGCAAUUAUGUCGAUGAGAAUCGGCCGGGCUUGCCAGAAGAGCUGCUGAAGAUCACUGAGGAGGCUGAUCGUGGAGCGUUGGAGAGGGUGCUUCAGACUACGAGGGAGCGACAGAUGAUGGCCAAGUCAGGGUAG